AUGUUAGGAAGUUCUUCAUCAUUUCCAGUCUCUACUUCUACCACCAGAUAUCAUGUGUUUCUCAGCUUCAGAGGAGAAGACACGCGUAAAAACUUCAUCAGUCACCUUUAUGCAGCACUGCAAAGGAAACGCAUCCAAGCAUAUAUUGAUGAGAGAGCACAAAAGGGCGAAGAAAUUUCGCCUGCACUCCAAACUGCGAUAGAAGAAUCAAAGAUCUAUGUCCUGGUUUUCUCCGAAAACUAUGCAUCUUCCACGUGGUGCUUGAAGGAACUGACUAUGAUACUGAACUGCAAGAAGAGAUAUGGAAGGGACGUGAUACCGGUUUUCUACAAAGUGGAUCCAUCAACUGUCAGGAAGCAGGAAGAAAGAUACAAAGAAGCAUUCGAAGAGCAUGAACAGCUGUUUAAGGACGACAUGGAGAAAGUGCAAGGAUGGAAGGAUGCUCUAACCGAAGCUGCUGGACUCUCCGGUUGGGAUUCAAACGUUAUCAGGUCAGAAAACACACUUGUUGAAGGAAUUGUGGAAGAUAUUAUGAGAAAAUUGAAUCUUUAUUCCAUUAGUUAUGAUCCAGGAACUAUCGGCAUUGAAAAACAUAUUGAAAGCAUUCAGUUAUUGAUGCAUUUUGAGUCAUCAGAUAUUCGGAUCAUAGGAAUUUGGGGCAUGGGAGGAAUAGGAAAAACUACAAUUUCUGAACAAAUAUAUCACACAUUUACAAUGCAAUUUGAUUCCAGAAGCCUUGUUUUAGACACUCAAGAAAAAAUAAAAAGAGAUGGAAUAGACGCUGUCAGAAAAAAAUAUAUGCCCGAGCUUCUAAAUGAAGUACCAUCCCUCAAAGGAAUGAGGAUUCUCAUCAUUCUUGAUGAUGUUACUGAUUCGGUUCAACUUAAACAAUUGCUAGGAAGGUGUGAUAGUUUUGGACAAGGCAGUAGAAUCAUUAUAACCAGUAGAGACAAACAAGUGUUAAAGAAUGCUGGAGCUGAUGACAUCUAA